CUGAGGGCCAGUUCAACCAGGUGCUCCAACAUGAGUUACUGGCGAUCCGUGAGGCCUGCAUCAAACUGGAGAAAGACUACCAGCCCGGUAUCACCUUCGUGGUGGUGCAGAAGAGACACCACACUCGACUGUUCUGCAUGGACAGAAACGAGAGGGUUGGUAAGAGUGGCAACAUCCCUGCAGGCACCACAGUGGACACCAAAAUCACUCACCCAUCGGAGUUUGACUUCUACCUGUGUAGCCACGCUGGCAUUCAGGGGACCAGCCGACCAUCCCAUUACCACGUGCUGUGGGACGACAACCAUUUCACCUCGGACGAGCUGCAGGUGCUAACCUACCAGCUGUGCCACACCUAUGUGCGCUGCACCCGCUCUGUGUCCAUCCCAGCACCAGCCUACUACGCCCACCUGGUGGCAUUCCGUGCCCGUUACCACCUGGUGGAUAAGGAGCAUGAUAGUGCGGAGGGCAGUCACACGUCGGGACAGAGCAAUGGGCGUGACCAGCAGGCUUUGGCCAAGGCAGUUCAGAUCCACCAGGACACACUGCGCACUAUGUACUUCGCCUGAAGCACCAGGGGCRGACAUUGGUGAGACAGACCCAACAGGGAAGAAGCCUUCUCUCCUCCCACCUAACCCCCUUACUGUAUCAGGUGUGGGCGCUAAGUGGGUUUGUCGUCUUGUCUCUCCCCGCCAGUAAGGGGGAAUGAUACCAAACAAAUUAAGGAGGGUUUCUUUUCCAAAAUGUCCACAAUUAUUUUCAAACAUGCAUACAAAACCGCUUUCUCUCCCCCCCCCCUUCCUGGCCUAACCUUGGUCAUUCUAAGGUAGUACUAUGUAAAAUGAUUACUCAGAAAUGGGUUGUGGUGGAGUGGACUCCUUUAUUUUACAUGUUGUACAUUUGUUUGUAUUUGUAAAUGUGGGGGGAGAUACAUUUGUAUUACUUUUCUUUACACUGACAGUUGGAAAUACUUGUAUCAAACUAAGGGGCAGUAUCAUCACACUUUGGUGUUUAGACACUAUACCGUUUUCUGACGGGGUCCCCAGGGUUGAAAGGAGGUGGGGAUAUCAAAGACGAGAACGGUCCGAUAGGUUUAUAAUCAUUCUUACUCUUCAUAACCUUUUAUUUAUCAGCCAAUCAAAGCAAAGUGCACUGACCAGGACUUAAGUACACAAGUACUUAACAUGUUGUCUUUUCAUUUGUAUGUACUAUGAAUUUAACAGGCUUGGAUACAGUACCAGCCUCAGAGUAUUUGUCCUCCAACACUGGUGACCAACAUGUUUUUAUGCUGCAUCUGAUGACCGCUAAGCAAGUAAUUUUUGUAUUAGAUUUUCAUUAGACUUUGAAACUGUUAACACUUAUUUUUUAUCAAGACUUAUACAAAUUAAUAAUAUGAAAUUGUAACGACAGCAAUUUUUGCUGUCUUGCCUUUUACUUGGACUGGGUUGUUUUGUCAAUCUAUGGCCAGUGUGGCCAGCGAAUAGAUUUACUAAUAGAAUGGGACUGGUUCCCAACAGACACCUUUUGUGUUCUCUGAGCCACAUUACAUGUGAAGACAUCUACAUUGGGGGGGGUCAAGUCUCUUGAAAUGAAAUCUGUUGUCUCCUUUUAGUGUCCCCCUUUCAUGUAAUCUAUUAUUUUAUGAAUUUGUACAUAGAUGACUUACACGUUCGAUUUAGGCAUUUGGAUAUGUUAACCCUAUCUAGUUUUCUUUAUGGUUUUAUGGCAGCGAAAUGGUUUUCUCCCUACUGGGGGGGGGUAGUUGUAAUGCUGUCAUCUUGUAGUACAGUCGUUGAUGUAUGAAUCGGUAUAGUAGAGUGAAGCCUGUGAUGUCAGUGUCACACGUGUAGGGACUGGACUGAAGAUGAGGUGGGGUUCUAUUGGGGGACAAAUGUUCCAGAGACUGCUAGAUAUUUUCUCUUUGUUAUUCCUCUGUAAAAAAGGGAGCAAUUAUGCUAUUCCACUAGUCAAGCAAAGUUAUUAUUUUUUUUAUUUUUUAUUUUUUUCCCAAGUAGUUUAAUUGUGGGCUUUGUAUCAUAGCCUCGUGGGAUAUAGGGUAUAUUUUGAAUACGCUUUUAGAAGAGAAUGCUAAAAUGAUGAUAACAGAAGGAAUUUUUCAAAACGAUUGUCCGGUAUGUAGUUAUAAAGAAUAAAAAAWRAAUAAAWAAAAWKUAUGCAGAGCUUGCAUGCAGAAAUUGUAAUGCCUUCCAAAAUGUUUUUUUAUUCCCUUUUCUGUUCUCCUUAGUAAUGACAUUUUAGCAGAGGUUUUUCAUAUAGCCUAGAUUGGCUGGCUUUUAUCUCGCUCUUUUCUAACUAUGCAUUGUUUUUAACCAAGAGAUUUUAGCAGUGACCUUUCCCAAAUAUGAAUUUAGGACAUUUGUAGAGUAGUUUUUUGUUGCUUGGUGCGUUUUAAUAACGUUUGUAGUGCUUCUUCCCUAGACCUUUGUAWUGGUAUGGGGGGUUGUGUUGUCGUCAUUUGUAUUGUAUAUUUGAUAGUACAAAAAAUCGGUAUAUACUUUGUAGAACACACAUCACUCUUCUUAGCCAAACAAGAUUACACAUUUUAUACAAAAUUCAUGUCCUAAAGAAACUGAAGCACAAGAGACCAUUUUUAAUUCCAGGUGCUCGACUUUCUCUUUCACGAAUGUCACCUUAAAUYUCAAUGGACUUUUUCUCUACCUUAAUGACAUUCAUUUCUCAUUAUCUUCAAAGUCAUCCGAAGUCCGACUGACUGUGGAGCAUUCUUAAAAAUCAAGUACUUGAGAUUUACUUGUUUUUUAUUUUCUUUGCUGGUCUCGCGAUUUGUAAAUUUGGAUACAUUUUUGAUAAUGGUGAACAUAAAUUCCAUUGAUUGGCCAAGCAGGAAACCCGGACAUACAUUAUGUGCAAUUGUGUUGAAAUGGCUGUGUGUUCUACCUCUUGUUACCUGUUCAAGUGUUAUGGUAACGUCACACUGUUGGUCAUUUCUUCAUAAUUACACAGGAUAUUAUAUCUGAUAGGCAUCGUUUAAAUCUUACGUUGUCAUGUGUUUAAAAAAACUUACGUUGUCAUGUGGUAAAGCCAAGGCUAAUAACAAUUUAGCUGCUCACCCACAAUUUGAUGAUUUAGUAUUGUUCAUUGACAUCUUUCUUUUAAGCUAUUUGCUUAAUAGUUUUGAAUAUGCAACAUGCUCUGCUCCCAUAGAUACACAUGGGGUACAUAGAAAGGCAUCUCCCAUGUUGCUUUAAUUGGGUUCAUUGAAUGCAGUGAUUGAAUGAAAUAUUGUUGUUUUUGGAAUGCAUCGUCUUAGCUCCCCUCAUUGUCUCACAUUUGAUUCAUGUUUGCUACAGUCAACCCAACAGAUGGCAGGUUUUAGUUAAUACAGUUCAAGUAGACAUGAUUGAUAACAUGAGUUGUUGUUGCUGUGGAAACUGAUCAAGCAUGACUUGUUGUAGGGUGCACUGGUCAAAACAGCAUGUUUGCUUGUCCAUUGAAUUGUGAACAUUCUCCUUUUCAAUAUGGAUAAAGUGAAACUUUUCAUACUACCGUUUUUCAUCCGUUUUCCCUAACUGAAGUCUGCCUCACCUUUUGUUCAUCCUAAACUUGUUUCUUGGGAGAUGUGGUCAUGUUACUGCUUAUUUGUGUUUUAAGUUACUUAUUUAUACACAGCACCUUGGAUUAUACCAGACCUGUACAGCAUUGCUUUUCCUGAAAAUAUCCAAAACAUUUAAUAAUGUUAUUUUGCACUAAAAUAAAAACCCUUUUGGAGCUGUA